AUGGAAGAGAACCUGAACCAACAGGUGGUUCACGAGCUGGAGAGCGUCCUUCACACCAAGAUAUAUCCGGGUACGGAGAUCAUGAAAGAUGUCGGCACGCAUCACUUCGUCAAGGCCGGUCAAAGAAAGUCGAAUGUGUUGGUCCCACAACCUAGUGACGACGAGCACGACCCGCUGAACUGGAGCGCGAAAUGGAAAAUAGUCACCAUGAUCUGUGCUACGAUGCUCUCGUUCAGUUUGAAUAUUGGUCCUCUCGCGAAUGCUCCUCUGUUUGAGGAGUACAUACGAGAAUGGGACUGCAGUCUAGCCGAUGCAGUCCAAUUCACAGGCGUGGCGAUCCUGGUCCUUGGUUUCAGUAACUUCAUCUGGGUCCCAGUCACUGUAUGCUUUGGUCGACGACCCGUCAUGAUCACCAGCUCGCUCAUCUGCGCCGUUUCAUCUAUAUGGCGAGCUCGAGCGACAAGCUAUAACUCCUUCAUGGGCGCGUCAGUACUCAACGGCCUUGCCGCUGGUCCUUGCGAAACGAUCCAGCCCCAGAUCAUUGCCGACAUUAUCUUCUUACACGACCGUGGAAAGUAUCAGACACUCUAUUUUUCAAUGUACUUUGCCUCGCUCAUGGUCGGCCCAAUAAUUUCCGGAGCGAUGGCGUUCAAUGUCGGAUGGCGAAAUUUCUGGUGGCUCAAUACAGCCCUCCUGCUCAUCUGCACGCUUGUGAAUCUGUUCUUCUUUCCGGAAACGCGGUAUCGUCGGGGUAAUGAGAUGGAAGGAAAGGCUGCCGGAAGAGCAGGACCAGCGCUCUUGAGCCCUGAAAAGAGGGCGAUUGUGCCGCCCGAGAACACCACUCAAGAUGACGGCGACGUUGAGCCCACCACCGGCAGCGGCCGUGAGUUGGCACCAGCGAUCACUCACCAGGACCCAUGGCUAGGCCGCGGUAGACCAAGCAACGCUCAGUUCAAGCUUUUCCAAUCGUACGAGGGGAGUCUAUUACGCGAGCUCUGGGUCCCUUGGUAUCUGCACCUGUUCCCCAUCGUCGAGUUCGCGUCCUUUGUCGUGUCCUUCUCCGCAAGUGGUUACCUCGUAGCGAACCUUUCACAAUCACAAGCGUUUGCUGCACCGCCUUACAACUACUCCCCGCAGACGAUUGGCCUUUUCAACCUGGCCUUGCUAAUUGGGGCGCUCAUCGGUCUUUUUACGAAUGGUCCGUGGUCUGACUGGAUUGCCGCUUACCUGACGAAGAAGAAUGGAGGAGUCCGCGAGCCUGAAAUGCGCCUGCCGGCCAUGAUUCCGUAUGUCUUAAUCAUGAUCAUAGGGAGCGUGAUCACCGCUGUCGGCUAUGACUACCACUGGCCCUGGCAAGCAAUUGUCGUGGUUGGAUGGGGAUGUUUAGGUAUGCAGGUGUCGGCCUUGCCGUCGAUCGCCUCGACGUAUGCGAUAGACAGCUACAAACCAGUAACCGGGUCUCUCUUCGUGGCCAUUACUGUCAACAAGAAUGUAUGGGGAUAUGGGGUUAGCAAGUUCCUAACCCCAUGGGCGGAAGAGGUGGGAUUCAGGGCACCAAUCCUGGUGAAUAUGGCGUUGAUCACCAUUUUCUGUUGCACUGGGAUCAUAUUUUGGUUCUGGGGGAAACGGUUUCGCGGCAUGACGAAAGAUUCCUUCGUCCACCAAAUGUAG